AUGGCAUCUCCUGAAGGCGAUACGCCUUCUCCAUCGCCAAGUCCAGGCGGUCGAAGGCAAAGAGCUCCAACGAUCACGAUAGAUACCUCUGCCGUUAGUAAUAUGAGCCCUCCCCAGAACAUGGACAGCGAUGCCGUGGCCCUCAAAGCAAUGUCUUCAUCUCCAGUCAGCACCACGGACCCUUCGAGUCCAACGCGAAACGACGCAUCGGGCAAUGGAUCAUAUCACAGAAGCACACCGAGUCAGGCGAGCCGAAUAUCAGUACCAGAAUUAAGACCCUCAGGGUCAUUCGAGAGUAGAGACAGUCGGCCGACAUCACCACACAAUGUUUCGUCGCCAACAUCGAGAGGAAAGGAAGGAGGCGGGUUUUUGGCAGUACCUGGAUUGAGAUCGCGCCAGAAUUCUGUUGAUUCAGAAGACGGCAACCACUCAAGUACGAACUAUAGCGGAGACACAUUUGCGAAUGGUACUCAGGCUGAUAAAGAUAAAGCGGGAAGCGUUCCUGGAAACGAAAAUAUCAUGAAUGAUCCGGAGGCUUUAGAAGCAGAUCCCGGACACGAAGACGAUUUUAAAUGCGAGGACAACAGUUUCGGCUACACCAUCGGGCAAUUGAACAAGCUCAUCAACCCUAAGAGCUUGUCGGCAUUUUACGCGCUCGGAGGUUUAGCUGGUUUAGAAAAGGGUCUUCGAACGAACCGAAAAUCCGGAUUGAGCGUGGAUGAGGCUGAUUUGGACGGAACGGUCACUUUUGAAGAAGCGAAAGCUGCUGCUAGAAAUACGCGCAGUGCUUCUGGGGAUGAUUCGAAAACGCCCAUGGCCCGAGUCGACUCGAAGGACUCCUCACCACCUAGGAGAGGACCAGCUUCCAGCGAUUCCUUCUUCGACCGAAAGCGCGUCUUCAACGACAAUCGAUUACCCGUGAAGAAGGGGAAGAGUUUACUGCAACUCAUGUGGAUUACCUACAACGACAAAGUUCUGAUACUUUUGUCGAUUGCGGCGGCAAUCUCCUUAGCUAUUGGUUUGUACCAGACAUUCGGCACCAAACACGAUCCAUCCCACCCCAAGAUUGAAUGGGUUGAGGGUGUUGCAAUUAUUGUGGCCAUUGUCAUUGUUGUAGUUGUGGGCUCUCUCAACGAUUAUCAAAAGGAACGGCAAUUCGUCAAAUUGAAUGCGAAAAAGCAGGAUCGAGAUGUUAAUGUUAUACGAUCUGGCAAAACCAUGGAAAUCUCCGUCUUCGAUAUUCUGGUUGGUGAUGUUUUACAUCUAGAACCGGGAGACAUGAUUCCGGUUGAUGGUAUUUUCAUCGAUGGUCACAACGUCAAAUGCGAUGAAUCUCAGACUACUGGAGAAUCCGACUUACUGCGAAAAACACCUGCCGAUGCUGUGUACGCCGCUAUCGAGAAUCAUGAAAGCCUCCGAAAACUUGAUCCUUUCAUUCUUUCUGGCGCCCAGGUCACUGAAGGUGUCGGAACCUUUUUGGUCACAUCUACUGGUGUCAACUCGAGUUACGGAAAGACCCUGAUGUCUCUACGAGAAGAUCCUGAAGUUACACCUCUUCAGUCAAAAUUGAACACUCUUGCAGAAUACAUUGCCAAGUUGGGUGCGUCCGCUGGUGGUUUGCUCUUCAUAGUCCUGUUCAUCGAGUUUCUUGUCCGCCUGCCAAAGAACACCGCGUCGCCUUCCGACAAGGGACAGCAAUUCUUGAACAUUUUCAUCGUCACCGUCACCAUCGUAGUUGUUGCUGUUCCUGAAGGUCUUCCGCUUGCAGUCACUCUCGCACUAGCUUUUGCGACUACUCGAAUGUUGAAAGACAACAAUCUGGUCCGACACUUGAAGGCUUGCGAAGUUAUGGGUAACGCGACCACCAUCUGUUCCGACAAGACCGGAACCCUCACACAAAACAAGAUGAAGGUAGUUGCGGGUACGCUCGGUACCAGCUCCCGAUUCGGAGGAACCGUAGAGCUGGCAGAAGCCGACCCUCUGGACAAGGGCAAACAAGCCCACCCAGUCACUGUUGAGAACGUUCCUGCUCAGGAAGUCAUUUCUUCGCUUGAUCCAACCGUAAAGAAGAUGCUUUUGGGUUCUAUUGUUAUGAACUCGACUGCCUUCGAAGGUGUUGCAGAUGGAGUUUCAACUUUCAUAGGCUCCAAGACUGAGACAGCUUUACUUGAAUUCGCCAAAGACCAUCUCGGUAUGGGACAGGUCGACCAGGAGAGGUCGAAUGUCGAAGUUGUACAGCUUUACCCCUUUGAUUCUGGACGCAAAUGUAUGGGUGUCGUUGUCAAAACCGAGGAAGGCAAAUUCCGCCUCUACAUCAAGGGAGCAUCCGAGAUCAUUCUUGAGAAAUGCUCAGCCAUCGUCCGCGACCCUACCACUGGAAUUGAAGUUUCUUCUAUGACCGACGACAACCGUCAAACUCUCCUCGGCUUGAUCGACAACUAUGCCUCUCGCUCGCUUCGAACCAUCGCUAUGGUCUACCGAGAAUUCGACAAGUGGCCUGCGAAGGGUGCUCGUGUCGUCGAUGGAGAUGUCGUUUUCGAAGAUCUCUUCAAACAAAUGGUUCUCCUCAGCAUUGUUGGUAUCCAGGAUCCACUUCGUGAUGGUGUCCCAGAGGCAGUCAAGAAAUGCCAGAAUGCUGGUGUUGUCGUUCGUAUGGUUACUGGAGACAACUUGGUAACUGCAAGAGCCAUUGCAACUGAAUGUGGUAUCUACACUCCAGGUGGGAUUAUCAUGGAGGGACCUGCUUUCCGAAAAUUGAGCAAGGAGAAGAUGGACCAAGCUAUCCCGCGCCUUCAAGUUCUUGCCCGAUCUAGCCCUGAAGACAAGCGUAUCUUGGUGAAACGCCUCAAGGAACUCGGUGAAACCGUCGCUGUCACUGGUGAUGGUACCAAUGAUGCGCCUGCUCUCAAGACUGCUGAUGUGGGUUUCUCUAUGGGUAUCGCUGGUACUGAGGUCGCAAAGGAGGCUUCCGCUAUCAUCUUGAUGGACGAUAACUUCGCAUCUAUUGUCAAGGCUAUGAUGUGGGGUCGUGCUGUCAACGAUGCCGUCCGGAAGUUCUUGCAAUUCCAAGUCACCGUCAACAUUACCGCCGUUCUCCUAACCUUCAUUUCCGCCGUUUCAUCUGGAUCUGAGACUUCUGUCUUGACCGCUGUACAAUUGCUUUGGGUCAACCUUAUCAUGGACACAAUGGCUGCACUUGCUUUGGCUACCGAUCCUCCAACUGACAGCAUUCUCGAUCGCAAACCAGAUCCUAAAUCUGCUGGAUUGAUCACCGUUACCAUGUGGAAGAUGAUCAUCGGAGAGGCUAUUUAUCAACUCGCCAUUACUCUUCUGUUGUACUUUGGUGCUGAGAAGAUUCUAUCAUACACCUCCCAGCGCGAGAUUGACCAAAUUCCUACUCUAGUUUUCAACACAUUCGUCUGGAUGCAGAUCUUUAAUCAAUGGAACAAUCGUCGUCUGGAUAACAAGUUCAAUAUCUUCGAAGGUAUCCACCGCAACAUCUUCUUCAUUGGUAUCAACUGUAUCAUGGUUGGAUGUCAAGUUAUGAUCAUCUUCGUUGGAGGCCGCGCUUUCAAUGUCACCCGACUAAACGGAGCACAAUGGGCAUACUCUAUCGUCCUUGGUGCUCUCUCGAUUCCUGUUGGAGUGAUCAUCCGUCUCAUCCCCGAUGAACUCGUCCUGAGACUUAUUCCUGAAUAUCUCAAGAGAAAGCCGAAGGGACCAGAGGUUACCAUUUCCGACGAAGAGGAACAAUUCAGAUUCCCUAAGCCAUUGGCCGAUGUCAAGGAAGAGCUUAGCUUCCUUAAGAAGAUGAAGGGUGGUCGUCUUAACAAUCUCAAAUUCGCCAUGCAACAAACCCGAGACAACCUUUUGCCACGAUCUCGAAGUGGUUCUCGCUCUCGCAGCAACUCCAUUCCUCCUCAAACACCUGGCGGCGAGUCGCAACGUGAGGAUGAGUUUGGUCCACCACAACCAACCCCAGAGUCACGGAAGCGCGGUCGUAGCAACAGAUCUCGUUCCAAUUCUGCUCUAGGAGCUACAACAGUUAUGGCUGGUAUUAUUGCUGGAUCCGUCGCUGGUUGGUCACCAAUCGAGCGUAAUUACAACGACGGUCAGAAUCACCCAUUUACCCGCGGUCAUGGUCGUCAAGAGCUAGAGCGUGAUCCUAAUGUGGAAAUCCACCCUGGCACCAGUGCCUCAGACCCCGUUGUCACCGACGAUAUUCAUAACCUUCCAUUACCUCCAAGUCAAAUUCCGGAGGUUUCACCCGAGCCAGCGAAGAGUCCUAAGGAAUGA